AUGAUCAACGGCGUUUCUGUACCGGCAAAAUACCAUAAUAUUGCCGGGGAAAAUAGCGAUGUGUACAUCGUAUCGCGUAGUAAUUACUAUGGCAGACUAGGUAUCCCUUUUGCACAAAGGGUCUCCCGGUCGCCCCCAAACCACCGGCCCUACGCCGGCUGUUUUAGUGCUGCAAGUUGCCCGAUUUCCACUACAUUUGAAAAAACCUCAGCUAUUUCUGAAGCUGACUUCCCCUUCCAUUUAAUAGCGCGGCAUCUACCCGGCAACCGGCCGGGGGUGGUUGCCGGGAGACCCUCUGUCGUCCGCACUCCAGUGCCUACGGCCAAAGUAGCCGAACUCCUCUUCGUAGCUAUAUCCUUCUGCAAAAACAUCGGUCAUCGCCGGGAUGCUGUCCUUAAAUUCUUCAACAGGGAUCUGUUUGCAGAUAACCGUCUUGCCGAUAAAAUACAGGAAUCCUGUUCUAUCGCGAUGGAUUAUCACGAAGCCCUGGGUUCUCUUUACAAGACGGAAGAGGACAUUUGGGUUUGA